UUUCUAUUCAAGCAGACAUCAACAUGGGAAACUGGGUGGAAAAUGAGGGACUCUCCAUAUUUGUCAUUAUAGUAUGGCUAGGCUUAAAUGUCUUCCUCUUCUGCUGGUACUACUUAGUUUACGACCUUGGGAGACAAUUCUACUAUACAAGAAAACUUCUUGGGCCUUACCUGGCACUGGCCCGGGCACCUGCAGCAUGUCUGAAUUUCAACUGUAUGUUGGUUCUGCUUCCGGUCUGCCGAAAUCUGCUCUCGUUUCUCAGAGGUUCAAGUGCGUGCUGCUCAGUGCGCAUCAGACGGCAGUUGGAUAGAAACCUCACAUUUCACAAAUUGGUGGCCUGGAUGAUUGCACUCCAUACUGCCAUCCACACAAUUGCACAUCUAUUCAAUGUAGAAAGGUUGGUGGAUGCACGUAAUGAGGAAGCCAUUCAUGGAAAUAGAACUAUUCAGGCAGUGCUGUCUGAUUUGGGUGAUCGAAAAGAUGAAACCUAUCUGAAUUUUGCUCGACAAAAACUUAAGAACCCUGAUGGUGGCUUCUAUGUAGCAUUCACAACCUUGGCAGGCAUCAGUGGUGUUAUCAUCACCCUGUGUCUAAUAUUAAUCAUCACUUCAUCUACUAAAACCAUUCGAAGGUCCUACUUUGAAGUAUUUUGGUUCACCCACCAUCUGUUUGUUAUCUUUUUUAUUGGCCUUGUCAUUCAUGGAGCUGGACAAAUUGUACGUGGACAGACACGUCCCAGUUUGGAUGUUCAUGAUCCAGAAAUCUGCUCCAGAGAUUACACCAAUUGGGGGAAAAAGUCUACAUGUCCUGUACCACAGUUUUCUGGAAAUCCUCCUAUGACCUGGAAAUGGGUAAUAGGCCCUAUGAUCCUAUAUGUCUGUGAGAGGAUAGUGAGGUUUUGGCGAUCAAAGCAAAAAGUUGUUAUCACAAAGGUGGUCACCCAUCCUUUCCAAACAUAUGAGAUCCAGAUGAUGAAGAAGGGCUUUAAGAUGGAGGUUGGUCAGUACAUUUUUGUGCAAUGCCCUGCAGUAUCCAGGCUAGAGUGGCACCCUUUCACACUGACGUCUGCCCCUGAAGAAGACUACUUCAGUAUUCACAUACGUGUUGUAGGAGACUGGACAGAAGGCUUGUUUAAGGCUUGUGGAUGUGACAAGAAAGAAUUCCAGGAAGCCUGGAAACUGCCCAAAAUAGCUGUAGAUGGCCCCUUUGGCACUGCUAGUGAAGAUGUAUUCAGUUACGAAACCGUGAUGUUGGUUGGAGCUGGCAUUGGCGUAACCCCUUUUGCAUCAGUCCUCAAGUCUGUGUGGUACAAAUACUGCAAUGAUGCUAUUAACCUAAAACUAAAAAAGAUCUAUUUUUACUGGCUCUGCAGAGACACCCAUGCAUUUGAAUGGUUUGCUGACCUCUUGCAAUCAUUGGAGACUCAAAUGCAGGAAAAGAAUAAUGCAGAAUUCCUCAGCUACAACAUCUGUCUUACAGGCUGGGAUGAGUAUCAGGCUGCUCAUAUUGCAGUGCAUCAUCAAGAAGAGAAAGACGUGAUCACAGGCUUGAAACAGAAAACCCUGUAUGGGAGACCAAAUUGGGAAAAUGAGUUCAAAAUGAUUGCAAGUCAGCAUCCAAGUUCCAGGAUUGGUGUUUUCCUGUGUGGACCUGAAGCCUUGGCUGAUACCUUAAAUAAGAUGUGUAUUAACAAUUCAGAUGCUGACCCACGAGGAGUGCACUUCAUAUUCAACAAAGAAAAUUUUUGAAGAUAUAUGUACCAUGAAACAAAGAAAAACAGAAAACUUAGCACUUCUUUUUGUCUGGACUCUGAACACAAUGGAUUUUGCGACAGUAAAUUUCCAUCUCACUGCUAAAAGUUCCAGGUCUGCUUGCCCCAGUGUUUGAAUUCCCUAUAAUUUUGCAGUAAAUUUAUUCUUCACAUUAGACUAACUUAGGCUGUUGUCUUAAGUCAAUAAAUAAGACUCACCGAACUCAUUAGGAAAUACAGCAGUGGACAGUGUAUAGGACUGAACAUGUGACUGGAAAUUCUAUCCUCCCAUGCUUUAGUGUGACUUCUUUUGGUGUACAAAGCCACCUUUAACUAUUCCUAUAAAAAUUAAGGGCUGAAAUCUGGUGUGCAUUUUCAAAUGCUUUAAGGAUUACUCAGAAUGAUUCCCCUACUUCUGAUGGCACCAAAUUUCCCCAGCGAGUGCAGAAAGACACUUCACUGGUGUGCCUCAGAAAGAGUCUCUACCUCCCCAAGACUGGACUGCCACCCAGUCCUCUUAGAACAUAGUUGAUACAUCGGACAGUGUAUAACUGCCCUGCCCGCACUCUCUAGUUUCUUUACAAUCUGUUUCCGCCUCUUCAGUGCAACUGACAAGGUCAGGGAAAGUCCGCCAUUCUUAUCUGCAUGUGUUUUUCUUUAAAAGGCUAUUUAUAUGUACAACAGAUUAAGCACCUGCCUGGCAUCAGUGAAAUUGACAAGGCAUCCCUUGAUCCAGUCCGUUUCACUGGGAAAGGGGUGGAUGGCCUGUGCCAGAUGCUAUGAAAAAGGAAGACGACUCGAGGGGGCCCUGCCAUACCUGUUAAUAGGUGCCACAGCGACUCUUCCAUACAGGGAGAGGAGAUGAAUGUUAAACAAAAGCUGUUCCCAAAUGUAGACCACAUAGUGGGUGCAGGACAGAAAAAGAGCAUCAGAUUGAAUACAAGUGUCUAUAGGGUCCAGAAAAUACACAUAAAGAUUGAAAUGCAAUUGUAAAUCUACCUUUUAAAAAAUCUUGAUACAAGGACAUUUAAAGCUGCACUCCUGUCUUUUAUAUCUGCACACCAAUAAAAGAAAAGAAGCUCAAAAGCACGUUAAGUGCCACAUUCAGCACAUUAAAUGUUAUUGAAGAAAAUAGUUCUGAGAUAAAGCCAGUUGCUUAAGAUGCUGUUUAUCUUGUUGCAAGGAGAAGGGGGGGAAGAGAGGAUAUAUUUAGGGAAGAGCAAACCAGAUCAGUCCAGCAUAAUAGUUACUAGCAGUUGUGUGUGUGUGUGUGUGUCCAUGUGUGUGUGUAAAAGUCCGCCUUUUCCCACUUAAUAUCCUAAUUUCUUAUCUAAAAGGGGUUUUCCAGGACCUUUAGUUGUUCAUAAGGAAUGGUGAACAAGUGCUGUAAUAUGAAAUAUGCUGGUUUUGAUACAACUAGCUCAUCCCAUUAAAUAUUUGAAGUCUG